CAACAAGUGAUUGUCUUAGGUAUAUAAAUCAGAUAUUAGCAGGAGGGCUUUAUCAGAUUAUUUUUUUAAUUAGUCUAUUUGGGUGGUCUUGCUAAAAGGACUAAAGGAUGUUUCGUUACAUCCUCCUUCUGUCAGCCGUGGGGCUAGCAGCAGCGUACACCAACCCCCACUAUGCGGCCGGUCGCUCCACCAUGGUCCACCUCUUUGAGUGGAAGUGGGACGACAUCGCUGCUGAGUGCGAAAGGUGGUUGGGGCCCAGAGGUUUCGGUGGUAUUCAGAUUUCCCCACCUAAUGAGAACUUGGUGAUUUGGUCCGCUAACCGCCCCUGGUGGGAACGUUACCAGCCAAUCUCCUAUCGCCUGGUCACCAGAUCUGGCAAUGAGGCACAGUUCGCUAGCAUGGUCCGACGAUGCAACAAUGCCGGUGUCAGGAUCUAUGUUGAUGCCAUCAUCAACCACAUGACUGGUACAUGGAACGAGAAUGUCGGUACUGGCGGUAGUACUGCUAACUUCGGCCAAUGGCACUAUCCUGCUGUUCCCUACGGAAGGAACGACUUCAACUCGCCUAUUUGCGUGAUCCAAGGAUCUGAUUAUGGCUGCUGUCCAGAAAGAGUACGUAACUGCGAGUUAUCAGGUUUGAAGGACUUGAACCAGGGAACAGAAUAUGUACGUGGCAUGAUCGUCGGUUUCAUGAACCGUCUCAUCGACUUCGGUGUUGCUGGAUUCAGAAUUGACGCUGCCAAACACAUGUGGCCCGGAGACCUAAGGAUUAUCUACGACAGGCUGCACAACUUGAACACUGAUCACGGCUUCCCAUCUGGCGCUCGCCCUUACAUCUACCAGGAAGUCAUUGAUCUUGGUGGGGAGGCCAUCACUCGUGAUGAAUACACUUCUCUUGCUGCCGUCACUGAGUUCAAAUUCGGAAUGCAUCUGAGCAGAGUGUUCAGUGGUGGAGAUCAACUUAGGUGGCUCGUUAACUGGGGCCCGCAAUGGGGUCUUCUUGCUCAUGAAGUCUCACUGACUUUCAUUGACAACCAUGACAACCAAAGAGGCCAUGGUGCUGGUGGUGCUAUCCUUACAUACAAGCAAGCUAGGAAUUACAAGGCCGCUAUUGCCUUCAUGUUGGCCCAUCCCUACGGUGAACCUCAACUGAUGAGCAGUUUUGCAUUCACAAACACUGAAGCUGGACCCCCAAUGGACAACCAGGGAAAUAUCAUAUCUCCUUCUAUCAAUUCUGACAAUACUUGCGGAAACGGUUGGAUUUGCGAGCACCGCUGGCGACAGAUCGCGUUUAUGGUGAACUUCAGGAAUGUCGCCGCUGGUCAUGGCAUCAACGAUUGGUGGGACAACUCGAGUAACCAGAUUGCUUUUUGCCGAGGUGGUCAAGCCUUCAUUGCUUUCAACAGAGACAGUUGGGACCUAAACCAGACUCUUCAGACUUGCUUGCCAGCCGGCAGAUACUGCGACAUCGUCUCCGGUGAGAAGCGAGGAGAUAGUUGUACUGGUAAAACUGUUACUGUCGGUAAUGAUGGUCGUGCUCACAUCAGCAUUGGUGCCAACGACUACGACAUGUUCCUUGCUAUCCACCGCGGUACAGACUCUCGGCUGUGAAUGAAUGAGAUGAUGGAAACGUUUCACUACAGAAGUUCUGGACUGAUGAAGACUUCGUACCCUGAUCUGAGAAUUGUAAAUUAAAGCAAAAUUAAAACAUUUUCGAUUUAUUUGA